CAUUCACGCAACUCAAUAAAUAUAGCUUACAGUUCUCCGACACAGUCCCAAACCACGCACACUGCCCUCUGAAUCACGUCGCCCAAUUCAGCGCCUUCUUGCGCAAUCCACAGCGCCAUGGCUACCGAUACACCCAAACUGCUCUGGAAUCCUGAUAAUGUCAAGGAUGUCGCAGAGUCGGUCGGCAUCAGCGCUCUCAACGAAGAGGCGCUCAAGUGCUUGGCACAGGACGUCGAAUACCGAAUCGGCCAGGUCAUCGUAGAAUCUCUGCGCUUCAUGCGCGCCGCCCGCAGAACAACCCUCACCGUAAACGAUAUCUCCCUCGCGCUCAGGGCCCUCGACGUAGAGCCCCUCUACGGCUACGACUCUACGCGUCCGCUACGAUACGGCGAGGCCAGUCUUGGACCUGGCCAGCCGCUGUUCUACAUUGAGGAUGAGGAGGUCGAUUUUGAAAAGCUCAUCAAUGCGCCUCUACCCAAAGUGCCACGCGACAUGGGUUUUACAGCGCACUGGCUCGCCAUCGAGGGUGUCCAGCCUUCCAUCCCUCAGAACCCCACGACCUCGGAAUCUCGAUCGCAGGAACUCCUCCCCAAGGGGCCUGGUGCGAACCCUGCCUUGUCCGCCCUGGCAGGCAAUGACAAUGUCUCCAUGAAACCAUCUGUUAAGCACAUUGUGAGCAAGGAGCUCAUACUCUACUUUGAUAAGAUCCAGGCUGCUGUUCUCGACGACAAUCCUGACGAAGAAGUGGUUCGCCUACGGCAAGCCGCUCUCGGUUCCGUGAGAGACGACCCUGGUCUGCACCAGCUCAUCCCAUACUUCAUCACCUUUAUCAUGGACCGAGUAACACAUCAUCUCGAUGACACCUUCACUCUGAAGCAGAUGAUGGAGCUGACGAAUGCUCUCAUCGAGAACAAGAGCCUUUUCCUGGAUCCCUACGCCAGUCCCCUGUCAGCGCCCGCUCUUACUUGUCUAAUGGCGAGGAAAUUGGGCACUGAUGAAGGAACGGAUGCUCUCAAGGAGCAGUAUGAUCUUCGACAGCUGGCUGCAUCUCUGGUUGGACGAAUUGCGCGCAAAUAUUCUGCUUCCAACACACUCCUGCGACCCAAGUUGACGAGGACAUGCCUUAAAUACUUUCUCGACCCUACCAAACCCCCCGCGGUUCUCUACGGUGCCAUUCAUGGUCUGUUGGAAGCAGGAGGUCCAGAGGCAAUCCGCGUGCUGGUGCUACGUAACUUGCAGACUUUUGACUCGGGGAUUUUACAACCCCUGAAGGAAAAGGCAGAGGGCACAAUGGACUACGAGAUGCUGGUUCAGGGCAUAGUACAAGCUGUGGCUUCGCUGGCAGAUCAUGUCGAAUCAGACACCAACGGAGUCAAUGGUACAGCAAAUGUCGAGACAGAGAUAUCCGAACUCAAGGACUUUAUCGGGCCCAUCAUUGGGGAAAAGAUUGCCUCUGCGGGUAAUCGGAGAUUGAUCAGGACAAUCCUGGAUGCUCGAUUCUUGGAUUAGAUAUUUGGCACGUAAUAUUCACGACAGGCGAAUGGCGUUUGGUUGCGAAUACCUUACGAGGUGUUGGUUAGAAUAGGCUCAAGCAUUUAAGGCGCUUGUGUACAGAUAAUAAAAUUCUUUGCUCAAAGUCAGGAAUGCCCUCAGGCUAAUACUCGUACACGAGUUUCUCGUCCUUGCCGUACUCCUUCCCUUAUCCAUUGUAUCAUCCACUGCGAACCAUACCAUCUAUAUCCUUCCGUCUUCUGUUCAAUUUUGGUAUUCUACAGGAAAGCAACCAGGCCAAUGGCGCCGAGGAAACUAGCGGCCCAGAUGUACUUGUCGGCCUGGACAAUAGUCGUCUUGGCGAAACCCUUGCCAGCGUCGUACAGGAGGUGCUUGAAGCCGCUGAUGGCGUGGUAGACAAAGGGGAAGCCCAGCGUGAACUUGAUGCCGCCCUUGAUGGCGAGGGGGAGACCGGCGGCGAAGCUGGCGAUGCUUGCGCUCUCGAGGUGGAGUCCGACAAGAGGAGCGACGAGGUAGGCGAGGGAGAAGCCGUACAUGGUCGCAGAGAGGGUGCAGCCGGUGAUUCGGUUCCAGGCGGAGCUACCGAACCAUGUCUGCUCGAUCUUGUAGAUGGCCAGAUGGGGAGAGACGGGACGGUUGAGGCGCUGGUUGACGA